AAACUUCCAUGACCAUGUGUAAACGAGCGUAAAGUGUUGAUUUUAUGCAAACGAAGUUAUCUGAAACUGAAAGUUAUCGAGAGAGUGUACUUUGAGAAAUAAACGUCCGAGCGUUGGUUUGCGUGUUUGUUUCGCCCGGCUUCUACAAUCUUGGGCAUCUCGCUAACCUGGGUGCGAAUUUUUCCCUCUGUAAAUAAACUGUGUUGUGAAAUGAACAGUUCUGGGCCUCAUUAAAGCAAAGCAAGAAGAGUUAUGCUAUAGAGGUGAAAUAAAGCAGCAGAAACCGCUUUUCGAGCCAGUUGGAUCAGCGUUGUAGAGAAAAAAACUCUUUCGGAAAGUUCCCGAAAGUCUCAAUUCCCAUUUUCGUAAUAUUUCGUCACUCAUUCGGAAUUCGUCGGAUUCUCGGUACCAGUACUUUACAUGCAAUACUCAGAAACAAACAUGGCGUCCACGAGAUUGUGCAGGCUUUGGUAUCGAAACUCAAGCUCUGUUAUAAAUAAUACUACCAAGGGAUUGAGAAAGGCAGGAAGUUAUUCCACGCAGAGACCAACCUGCGUUGCAGGUGAAUUGAGAUUUAGACGUUCAUACUCUACAGAGACCAGGAAAGUAACACUUAUCCCUGGAGAUGGAAUAGGACCAGAAAUUUCAGAUGCUGUCAAAACUGUAUUUGCUGCUGCAAAGGUUCCCAUUGAAUGGGAAGAGGUUACAGUGACACCUAUUGUCCUCCCUGAUGGUAAGACCACAAUCCCAGCAGCAGCAAAAAACUCUAUGAUGAAGAACAAGACUGGUCUCAAAGGGCCACUGGAAACAAAGAUUGGUAAAGGACAUGUGUCUAUGAAUCUGACUCUGAGGAGGGUUUUCAGCUUGUAUGCCAAUGUGCGACCUUGUCGAUCCAUAGAGGGCUAUCCUACGGUGUAUAAUGAUGUUAAUCUAGUGACUAUCAGAGAAAACACAGAGGGAGAAUACAGUGGCAUAGAGCACGUAGUUGUUGAUGGUGUGGUACAGAGUAUUAAGCUGAUCACAAGGGAAGCCUCUCAAAGAGUUGCAGACUUUGCAUUCCAGUAUGCCAAGGCAAAUAACAGACACACCGUGACUGCUGUACAUAAAGCCAAUAUCAUGCGACGUUCUGAUGGUCUUUUCCUGGAAUGCUGUCGAAAGGCUGCUGAGAAGAAUAAAGAUAUCAGAUACAAUGAGAUGUAUCUGGAUACUACUUGUCUUAAUAUUGUCAAAGAUCCUUCCAGUUUUGAUGUCAUGGUGAUGCCAAACUUAUAUGGAGAUAUUUUGAGUGAUUUGUGUGCUGGAUUGAUCGGUGGAUUGGGUGUCACACCGAGUGGAAACAUCGGAGCUGAUGGAGUUGCCAUAUUUGAAUCAGUACACGGCACAGCUCCUGAUAUCGCAGGUCAGGACAAAGCUAACCCCACAGCACUCCUGCUAAGUGCUGUAAUGAUGCUGCGGCAUAUGGAGCUGCAUUCACAUGCAAAGGAUGUAGAGACGGCAGUGCUUGAAACCAUCGAAGAAGGAAAGGUGUUGACAGGGGAUUUGGGUGGCCAAAGUACAUGCUCAGAGUUUACCAAGGAAAUCUGCCGCCAUCUUGAGUAGCUAACCUCUUUAAUUUAAGUCUUCCAGCUGGUUUGGAGUUAUAUUCCGACACUUGUAAUUUCGUUUCUGCUAUCCUACUAGUAAACGCUCAAGUAAUUUGGUUUAUUAUAUGUUGGUACUACUGUAUUUUCUCCAACAGUAUUGAAGGUAAUUUUUAGUAUCUUGAAGAAAGUAAUUGCUUCAGACAUGCUAUAACUCAGGAGAACACUGGUAUUUUAUUUCUGUUAUACAAUUUCUUCUAUAGUGCCAUCUUCGUUCUGCUAGGGUUUGUUUGUUUGAGGUCCACUUAACUCAGUGCUUUUUUCUUCAUACAAUUUCGAGAACAAAAAUUCAUCUUCUAACACUUUUGUGACAUCCUAUGUUGCAUUCAGGUUGUCAAAUGAGUUGUACAUUGAAUUUUUUAGACGUUUUUUUCCGUUGUAUGCGCUUUAUGGCUGUCAUCAAUUGUUAUGAUGAGUUUAGAUUAAUCUUUAAUUGAAACCAGAUUAUGACAAAUUGUACAUGAAAUUAAUACAGAAAAAUUAAAGCAUAAUUAUUUAACUCGCCA